AUGGAAGCCCGCAGAUGUGUCGGCACGCAACCCUCCUCGCUCCCUACCUCCUCUUUUCACUCCGUCUUUCCUUCCCCUCCCCUCACCGAGUUAGCCACCAUGGUUUCUGGCAGCGGAAUCAUCAAACAGACGGUGGUGGUGGAUGCGCGCCACCACAUGCUGGGCCGCCUCGCGUCGAUCGUCGCAAAGGAGCUUCUUAACGGACAACAUGUGGUGGUGGUGCGGUGCGAGGACAUCUGCCUGUCGGGCGGGCUGGUGCGGCAGAAGAUGAAGUACCUGCGCUUCCUGCGCAAGCGCAUGAACACCAAGCCCUCCAAGGGCCCCUUCCACUUCCGCGCGCCCUCCAAGAUCCUCUGGCGCACCAUCCGCGGUAUGAUCCCGCACAAGAUUCCGCGCGGAGCAGCGGCGCUGGACCGCCUGAAGGCGUUCGAGGGCAUCCCCGCGCCCUACGACAAGAUGAAGCGCCUCGUCAUUCCCGAUGCACUCAAGGUGCUGAGGUUGAAGCCUGGGCACAAGUACUGUCUGCUGGGCCACCUCUCGCAUGAAGUCGGCUGGCACUACUGGGAUGUUGUCAAGGAGCUGGAGGCGAAGCGCAAGGCAGAUGCGGCAGAGUAUUACAAGGAGAAGAAGGUGGCAAACAAGGCUCGUGGACAGGCCGAGAAGAGUGUGUUGGCAGCUGAUGCUGCCCUCACUGCUACCCUGGCUGAGGUCAGCUACAAGCCUGCAGCCUCAGCAUAA